UACACACGCAGUUGCAUCAAAGUUAUAUCCAUUUACCUGAUUGUUCAGAAUAAUUACUUUGUUUAAAGUCAUAGCUAUGAAUAUCCCUAGUACAGUAGCCUAUGGGCUCUGUCUGGAGUACAAUUCGAAUUUUUAUUAACAUUCUUGUUCGAGACUUUCUUUGUCAAUCGCUAGGGGACUCUAGUGCAGGCCUGCUAUAGUGUUUGAGUUUUGAAGGGUGUGUGACUGUGAUUACUCGUCCGCGCCACUGUGUGCCGCUCAGGAUGUUGCAGCAGCAGCCUCUCACUGGCAACGGGCCCUCUAACGGCCGGGGCCUUGGCCUGAGCUCUCACCCCGGUAUGCACCCUCUAAACUCGGUUCAUCCAUCUUCCCACCACCGCUCCGACGGAGACACGGGCCACGAAGGCGCAGAAAAUGGACAUGAAAGCCGCAGAGACAUUGGCGACAUAUUGCAGCAAAUCAUGACCAUCACCGACCAAAGUUUGGACGAAGCACAAGCAAAAAAACACGCAUUGAAUUGCCAUCGAAUGAAACCAGCUUUGUUCAGCGUCUUAUGUGAGAUCAAAGAGAAAACAGGCCUAUCAAUGCGAAAUGCUCAGGAGGAAGAAUCACAGGACCCACAGCUGGUGCGAUUGGAUAACAUGCUGCUGGCGGAGGGUGUGGCUGGGCCGGAGAAAGGUGGCGGGGCGGCAGCGGCGGUGUCCGCAGCCACCAGCUCUGGAGGCAUGUCUCCAGACAGCUCACUGGAACACUCAGACUACAAAAGCAAGUUGAGCCAGAUUCGCAACAUCUAUCACACUGAGAUGGAGAAAUAUGACCAGGCCUGUAGUGAGUUCACUACCCACGUGAUGAACCUGCUGAGGGAGCAGUCACGUACGCGGCCGGUGUCACCGAGGGAGAUUGAGCGCAUGGUGGCCAUCAUCCACCGCAAGUUCAGCUCCAUCCAGACACAACUCAAGCAGAGCACCUGCGAGGCCGUCAUGAUCCUGAGGUCCCGCUUCCUCGACGCCAGGCGUAAGAGACGAAACUUCAGCAAGCAGGCGACGGAAGUCCUGAAUGAGUAUUUCUACUCCCAUCUCGCCAACCCUUACCCCAGUGAAGAGGCCAAAGAAGAACUAGCCAAACAGUGUAGCAUCACUGUCUCUCAGGUGUGCAACUGGUUUGGAAACAAGAGAAUCCGCUACAAGAAGAACAUUGGGAAGUUCCAAGAGGAGGCCAACAUCUAUGCCAUGAAGACGGCCAUCGUGGCGACACAGAGCGAGGACUCUCCACACACGCCCAACUCAACAGGAUCGGGGGGCUUCUCACUCACUGGACCAGACCUUUUCCUGGGUGUUCCACCAAUGAAUGGAGAGCAGCCUGUCUACAUGGGAGCACAAACUAAUGGGAACUGGCAAGGGCAAAACACACCCCCCUCUGCCACUUCCCCAGGAAACGACCACUCAGAGGAGUCUGACUGAUGGCCCCGUCCACUUUGUGUCGAUGACAUAGAUGGAAAGAAAACGGAAAAAGACUGAAAGAAUGAUAUCACUCUUACUUGGCUGCAGUUUUUGUAUGUCUUUUCUGUUUCUUACUGUCCAAUUAUAUUAUGUCCAUGUUCAUUAUGUGUGUGUGUGUGUGUGUGUGUGUGUGUGUGUGUGUGUGUGUGUGUGUGUGUGUGUGUGUGUGUGUGUGUGUGUGUGUGUGUGUGUGUGUGUGUGUGUGUGUGAUGUUUUGUAUUGGGAUCAUGGGUUUUGUUUUCCACUACUUUAUAUGUUACUGUGGUAUGUGGGCAGGGAGGCUUGGGAAAUUGCAUUACCAUUGUUUUAUUAGGCUAUAUUAUUAAUGCUGUUACAAAUAUUUUAGGAUUUUAGUUUAAAGGUCAGAUAUAGUUGCAUUUAGAGGAUGUGGGGGCAAUAGAGAAAAUCCAAAGAUUUUGUGUGUUUGUUUUCUCUUUUCUACUGGGCUUGUUUGUCUGUGUGUGUCUAUAUCAUGAAUGAAGUAUGUGUGCUGGUUAUGUUAACAGUUUGAAUGAGUAUAUCAACAGUGCUGUCAUUCUGUACAGUGAGUGAAAAACACCUGUAUUCUCUCUACCUCUUUUACAAUAAAGACUCUGUAUUCACA